CGACGGGUGCGCGCCGCGGCUUGGGGGAGAGUUGAGCGCUUUUCCCCCCUCUUUUUUUUUUUUCUUUUUUUUUUUUUCUCCUCUUCUUCUUAAACAAACCACAAACGGAUGUGAGGGAAGGAAGGUGUUUCUUUUACUCCUGAGUCCAGACACCUCUCUCUGUUCCGUCUAAGCUUGUUUUGCUGAACACUUUUUUUAAAAAAAGGAAAAGAAAAGGAGUUGCUUGAUGUGAGAGUGAAAUGGACGUAAGAUUUUAUCCACCUCCAGCCCAGCCCGCCGCUGCGCCCGACGCUCCCUGUCUGGGACCUUCUCCCUGCCUGGACCCCUACUAUUGCAACAAGUUUGACGGUGAGAACAUGUAUAUGAGCAUGACAGAGCCGAGCCAGGACUAUAUGCCAGCCAGCCAGUCUUACCCUGGUCCAAGUCUGGAAAGUGAAGACUUCAACAUUCCACCAAUCACUCCUCCCUCCCUCCCUGACCACUCACUGGUGCACGUGAAUGAGGUCGAACCCGGUUACCACUCUCUGUGUCACCCAAUGAACCAUAAUGGCCUGCUACCAUUUCAUCCACAAAACAUGGACCUACCUGAAAUCACCGUCUCCAAUUUGCUGGGACAGGAUGGAGCACUGCUUACUAACUCCAUUUCUGUGAUGCAAGAUAUACGGAAUCCAGAAGGAACUCAAUAUAGCUCCCACCCUCAGAUGGCAGCCGUGAGACCAAGGGGUCAGCCUGCAGACAUCAGGCAGCAGCCAGGAAUGAUGCAGCAUGGCCAGCUGACCACCAUCAACCAGUCACAGCUAAGUGCUCAGCUUGGCCUGAAUAUGGGAGGAAGCAGUGUCCCCCACAACUCCCCGUCUCCACCCGGAAGCAAGUCUGCAACUCCUUCCCCGUCUAGUUCAGUGCAUGAAGAUGAAGGUGAUGAUACCUCUAAGAUCAAUGGUGGAGAGAAGCGACCUGCGUCUGACAUGGGGAAAAAGCCAAAAACCCCAAAAAAGAAGAAGAAGAAGGACCCCAAUGAGCCUCAGAAGCCUGUGUCUGCGUAUGCAUUGUUCUUUCGUGAUACUCAGGCUGCCAUCAAGGGCCAAAAUCCAAAUGCUACCUUUGGUGAAGUCUCUAAAAUUGUGGCUUCAAUGUGGGAUGGUUUAGGAGAAGAGCAAAAACAGGUCUAUAAAAAGAAAACCGAGGCUGCUAAGAAGGAGUACCUGAAGCAACUAGCAGCCUACAGAGCCAGCCUCGUAUCCAAGAGCUACAGUGAACCUGUUGACGUCAAGACCUCUCAACCUCCUCAGCUGAUCAACUCAAAGCCGUCAGUGUUCCAUGGGCCCAGCCAGGCCCACUCAGCUCUGUACCUAAGUUCCCACUACCACCAACAACCAGGAAUGAAUCCUCACCUAACUGCCAUGCAUCCCAGUCUCCCAAGGAGCAUAGCCCCCAAGCCGAAUAACCAAAUGCCAGUGACUGUCUCUAUAGCAAACAUGGCCGUGUCCCCCCCUCCUCCCCUCCAGAUCAGUCCACCUCUUCACCAGCAUCUCAACAUGCAGCCGCCCCAGCCACUCACCAUGCAGCAGCCCCUUGGGAACCAGCUCCCCAUGCAGGCCUUACACUCACCGACCAUGCAGCAGGGAUUUACUCUUCAACCCGACUAUCAGACUAUAAUCAAUCCUACAUCCACAGCUGCACAAGUGGUCACCCAAGCAAUGGAGUACGUGCGUUCUGGGUGCAGAAACCCUCCCGCCCAGCCGGUGGACUGGAAUAACGACUACUGCAGUAGUGGGGGCAUGCAGAGGGACAAAGCGCUGUACCUCACCUGAAAGUCUGAACACCUCUUCUUUCCACUGAGGAAUUCAGGGAAGUCUCUUCACCGUGGAUUGCUUUGUACAGUCAAGGCAGUUCUCCAUUUUAUUAGAAAAUCCAAGUUGCUAAGCACUUAGGACCAUUUGAGCUUGUGGGUCACCCACUCUGGAAGAAAUAGUCAUGCUUCUUUCUUAUUUUUUUAAUCCCUUCUGGACAUUGUUUUUCUUCUUCCCUGAAGGAAAUUUGGACCAUUCAGAUUUUAUGUUGGUUUUUUGCUGUGAAGUGCUACGCUAUAGUAACUGCCUUAGCAACUGUAGAUGUCUCGGGUAAAAAGUCCUGGAUUUUCCAUUGGUUUUCAUAAUGGGUGUUUAUAUGAAACUACUAAAGACUUUUUAAAUGGCUUGAUGUAGCAAUCAUAGCAAGUUUGUAAAUAGCAUCUAUGUCACACUCUCCUAGAGUAUAAAAUGUGAAUGUUUUUGUAGCUAAAUUGUACUUUGAAACUGGCUCCUUCCAGUUGAUUAAUUUCACAAUAGGGGUUAAAUUGGCAAACAUUCAUAUUUUUACUUCAUUUUUAAAACAACUAAUAGUUCUAUAUUUUCAAAAUAUUUGAAAAAAAAACGUAUUCCCAAAUGAUUUUAAUUUAAAAACAAAUUGGCUUUGUCUCAUUGACCAGACAAAAAGAAACUAGUGCUAAGGGAAACGCGAACACAUUUAUUUUGUACUGCAGAAAAAUUGCUUUUUUGUAUCACUUUUUGUGUAAUGGUUAGUAAAUGUCAUUUAAGUCCUUUUAUGUAUAAAACUGCCAAAUGCUUACCUGGUAUUUUAUUAGAUGCAGAAACAGAUUGGAAACAGCUAAAUUAUAACCUUUACAUAUGGCUCUGUAUUAUUGUUUCUUCAUACUGUGUCUGUAUUUAAUCUUUUUUUAUGGAACCUGUUGCGCCUAUUUAUGAAAUAAUAAAUAUAGGUGUUUGUAAGUAAAUUUGUUAGUAUUCGAAAGAGGUUUCUUUGAUGUUUUAACUUUUGCUGGCAAAAAAAAAAUUCACGCUUGGUGUGAAUACUUUAUUAUUUAGUUUUUACAGUGACAUGAAUAAAAGCAAACCUACUUUUCAUUUUAGCAGCAAA